UGAUGUUUUUUUGUUUCGUGAGUAGUUCCAUUCGAUUGUCGUAAAUAAAGAAAGUAAAGUAAGACUAGCGGUUAACUUAAAGCGCCUCCCAUUAUCCCAAUUUGCACAUGUAAAACAUUAUAGUCUUAAUUAAUGCUUUGAAUCAUUAUUAAUCUCAGCAUAAUUUAUUCUAAUAUGAGAUUUUUUUUUGUUACAUUAUUUACUUAAGUAGUUGUGAGAACAUCAAUUAAUUUUAUUCCCUUAAUUAAUGGAUUUCUGAAAUAUAUGUAAAACAUCGAUCUGAUACUACUUUAGCACUUACCGAGUCGUUAAUUUAUGUUUACCUGAAGGGAAUAUGUAUUGACAUGACAGUACAAUACAGAACAUCAAAACGGCUUUGGGCAAGAAAAUGUAAUAUUUUGAAAGUGACUGUUAGGAUAACGUCCUUUGUUAAUACGUUUGUUCGUCGCAGAGACCAAAAGCUUCUAGGGGAACUCCUUUCAAAAAUCAAUUAAUCCUCUAACGGUACUGUUCCUGUAAUUGUUCUGAAACGUGUUUUUCGGGAAACACCAUCUCAAGGCGAGUGAUAUAUACACAGUUGCUAAGUAUUUUUUCGUGUUAAGUUUCGCGUCCCUUUCCUAAUAAUCGUGGGAUAUAAUUACAUUUACCAUUUAGCCACAUCACAUCUCACAGUGAUUAAUUAAUCAUAGAGAUGGCAUUGACUGAAAAACUUCUAAGCGAAGAGCUUUUGGAAGAGAUUCUCACAAAAUAUUUUGAAGAAACCAUUCGAGUUCUCGACAUCAAUAUUUCCAGCGAUGUGUCCAAGCAUACUGAACAUUUUUGUUCGCUUAUGAAGAGGGUGAAGGCCCAUUACUUGAGCAAGGAUGGGGAGCGUCGAGUGCUUUCGAUGGUUGCGAAAUGUUUUCCAGAAGACGAGUAUCAAGCCAAAUUUGUGGGCGAUAUGAAAUUUUUUGACUGCGAACUUGCGGUAUAUGGCGAUGUCAUUCCACGAGUAUCCCGAUUAGGUCGUUAUUUCGCUGUGUGCCCCCCGCGUAACGUACUUGUUUCAGAAUCCCAAGAAAGGUUUGCUCCAAAAGUGUACUUCUAUACCUCCAAACCUUCACCAAUGUUGCUAUUGGAGGACUUGGCAUCCGUAAAUUAUAAAAUUGUGCAUCGAAGGGGCGGUUUAGAUUUGAAACAUAGUCGCUUGGUAAUGGAGAAGUUGGCGUUUUUCCACGCGGCUUCGUACGCUUUAUUGGAAAAGGGUGCAACCCACCUAACGAAAUUUGUUCGCCCCAUCUAUCGACACAGUGGAAUCACUUACGAUUUUGUUUCCUUAUCGUAUGACGAGGUGGUUAAAGUUUGUGAAAACGUGGCAGGUCUGAGUAAGUACGUGGAAAAGCUAAGGCUUUCUAAGGAGGGUGUUUUGGAAAAGAUAUUUCAGAUUAAUAACGCAAAUGCAGACUUUAAAGUCCUAACACACGGCGAUUGCUGGAUUAACAACUUGAUGUUCCAUUACGACCACGACAAUGAGGUGGACGACGUGCGAUUUGUUGACUUCCAAAAUGCUUGCUUCACCACUCCAUGUCUCGACUUGCAUCAUUUCUUAGCUUCGAGUUUAAACUUGGACACCAGAACCGAAUGGGAUGUAAUUGUUGAUCAUUAUUUCAAGAACUUGAUGCAGAGAUUAAAAUUGUUCGGCACCAAGACGUUGCCUACACGUGAACAGUUCGAUGCCGACUUCCGUUUAUUUAGUUAUUGCGGUCUUGGAUCAUCGCUACUGAUUUUGCCAUUGGUAAAGUCGAGCAGAACCGACGGUACCGUGCAGUCUUUCUUCGAAGAUUAUAGUUUUCGGCAUCACUGUUUCAAUAAUGAAGAUUAUCUGAAGGAGAUCGAAUAUUACUUACCAUUUUAUGACAGUUUGGGCAUCUUCGAUCUGCAGUGAUCUCAAACAAGGUUAUGUGUGACAAACUACCUCAUAUAGCGUUUAGGGGAUGCAAGACUUAAGUAGACAUUGAACUACUAAGGUCAAACGUAGUUAAUGCACUAAAAUAAAGGAUUGUUGUUGGUUUUAAUUUUGAUUUUCUCACACAGGCGG